AUGUCAGCUAACGAAGCUCAAGGCCAGCCGGGCCCACAAUCCGACGCGAACUUCAGCAAUGACUCGCAGGAGUCAAAGCCAAACCCGCCAUUCGGGAUGACGGAUGCUCAAGAUUCGACGCAGGGCAUCGAUGCGGUCGACAAGACUGGCCUUGCAAAGGAAACUGUCGUUCCUACAACUGAUCCGAUCAACAGAGAAGAUGACGGCGCGGACGCCCCCGCAUCGUCUUUUCGAAGUCCAUCUCAUGAGGACGCAGGCUCGCGCGUGGACCUUACAGUUCGCGGCGAUACCCACCUUCCGCCUGCCGGCGCGCACGCGGCUCCUCAGACGAGUCUGUCGACCCCUAAAGAGGCCCGUGCUGCGCCAAGUAUCAAAACCACCAACACCAUCCCAGAUCCAGCUGUCUCGCUCUCUGCCUCCAGACCCAACAUGCUUCCACCUCCACGGCCCAGCAUGGCCGCCUCCUCGUUCAUUAACCCGACUCCAACACUCACACCAGGCUCGACAUGGGGUCCUUCUGCCGCUUCUGCUGCUACUGCUCGCGCCGAAGCUGCUGAGCCUGGCCGGAUUGGCGAUCUCAAACGCUUCACUCUGUGGGAGACAAAGACCCGCUUCUACCUUGUUGCCUACAACACCAGUCAGACCAGAUUUCGCAUUCUCAAGGUGGACCGAACACCACCUAGCACCACUGCGCCGUCCAGAUCGACUGCGGAAGCUGAAACGACGCGCGAUAAGAGCACUAGCGCAGGCAAUGGCAAUGCUUCCAACCAGCCUGCAGGGUCAGUCUCGACCUCAUCCCAGGCACCAGCAGCUGGGCAGCUGCCAGUCAAGGCUGGAGACUCCAAAGCAGAUGCCAGUAAAGGUUCCAAGAUCACUACAACAGGAGAUGUGACGGACUGCUCAGCACGUGGGCAGCGCUAUCUUUCGCUCGACGACCCUCAGAUCUGCAGAUUAAAUCGACGCAUGCUCGACGCCAAACAGAUCCCACGCGAGACCGGAACAGCCUCCGCAAGCAAUACCGCGGGCACCUCUUCCAAGAUUGCAAGUGUCAAUGGAGCUCCGAAGGCGAAUGCAGCUACAUCCUCGAUCAACGACAUCAAGUCCAGUUCUGCAGCCAGCUCAUCAGCUCCAAAAGCAGCCGAAGCUCCGUCAACUACAAAAGCCCCCGCCUCCACAGCAAAAGCUGGCUCUGCUGACUGGGAACUUAAUGUCACUUCCGAUCGUGUGGUCUACUCACGUACUCAAGUGUCGGAGCUCCUUGAAAUGAUACGAGAGGGCAACCGUGCCACGGGCGGUCUUCACGAAGUUGGCCGCUUCUUUGGCAUCGUCGGCUUCAUCCGAUUCACCAGCACAUACUACAUGGUUUUGAUCAGUCGUCGCAGCGUUGUGGCCCUGAUCGGUGGCCACUACAUUUACCAUUGCGACGAGACGGUGAUCCUACCAGUAUGUCACCAGUCCAUUCUGACUUCCCUUCCAGGACGUACUAAGGUCAUGGAGCAAGAGGAAGCACGUUUGCUCCAUCUUUUCAAGCAAGUCGACCUCAGCAAGAACUUCUACUUUAGCUAUACAUACGACUUGACCAAAACACUCCAAGAUAAUCUGACAUCGGCUCCAGGGGAUCCUCUUGAGCAAGCGAGCUCCGUCUCGCCGUCCAACAAGCCUCUCACGGCCUGGGGUUACAACGAAAAGUUCAUCUGGAACCAUCACCUGCUCCUUCCUGCCUUUGCGGCUUCGGAACACCUGCAACCGCACGAGGAUCCUCGCAACGAAUGGGUGCUGCCGCUCGUGUACGGUUUUGUCGAUCAAGCCAAACUGAGCGUUCUCAAUCGCACGGUGUACACGACCUUGAUCGCUCGUCGUUCGCGACACUUUGCAGGCGCACGUUUCCUCAAGCGAGGGAUCAAUGAGCGAGGCCACGUGGCCAACGAUGUCGAGACCGAACAGAUCGUCAGUGAAGCGCUCACUACUCCAUUCUUCGCCCCGGGCCGGAAGCGAUUCGAGCCAAGAGAUCGGCAUCCGGCCUCCGUCCCUGGUGGAUUGCGAGGCGGUCCUGACUUGAUACGAGCAAGUCGAUUGCGGGAGAAACCACUCUCACAGCCGUUUCUGCCCAUGGACAUCGACAAGACGCAUCACAACGAAGAGGACAAUGGCGACGACUUGGACGAUCUUCCCUUGGACGCUUCACCUCGCUACACGUCGUAUGUCAUGAUGCGAGGCAGCAUCCCGGUCUAUUGGACCCAAGACUCGACCAACAUGUCGCCUCGCCCUCCGAUCGAAAUUUCUCUGGUCGAUCCAUACUAUUCGGCUGCAGCGCUCCACUUUGACGAGCUUUUUCACCGCUAUGGCACUCCCGUCAUUGUGCUCAACUUGAUCAAGAGCAAAGAGAAGCAGGAGCGUGAGGUCAAGCUGCUUCGAGCGUUCGGAGAAUGCAUCAGCUACCUCAACCAAUUCUUGCCUUCUGACAAGAAGAUCCGAUACAUCGCAUGGGACAUGAGCAAAGCUAGCAAGGACCAGAAACAGGACGUCAUCCUCAUCCUAGAGGACAUUGCGCAAGAGACAGUGGAGACCACACACUUCUUCCACUCUGGCCCCGAACCUGGUGCUGUGCGAUCUCAGCCAGCUGCUCACAGCGACUCGAGCGGAGGAACAAGGGAUUCUACCGCCCGGCGAGAAACGAUCCUGCUGCAAGAAGGUGUUGCGAGAGUCAACUGCGUUGACUGUCUAGACAGAACCAAUGCGGCGCAAUUCGUCAUCGGGAAAGCAGCUUUCGGGCACCAGCUUCAUGCACUUGGCCUGCUAGACGACCCUUACCUGCCCUUUGAUUCAGACGCCGUCAACAUGCUGACCGAGAUGUACCAUGACCUUGGUGAUACCAUUGCCAUGCAGUACGGAGGAUCUGCUCUGGCUCACACAACGGACACAUACAGGAAAAUCAACCAGUGGACCUCUCACUCGCGCGAUGUGCUAGAGAGCAUGAAGCGUUACUAUGCCAAUUCGUUCGCAGAUGCAGAUAAGCAGGCCGCUAUCAAUCUGUUCCUUGGCGUGGAUCCGAUGGCCCCCGACUUUUCGCCGCACGUUUUCCCAGAAACCAUACUGGUACCUGCAACGGCGGCAGCAGCAAAACAGAGCAUCGUUAACACGGAGACGCAGACGAAGGUGGUACUCGCCGUGCCCUUCAGACCGCAUUAUCAGCACUGGUUUGACCCCCUGCAUCUGAAACCGCGUGGGUCAAUAGAGGCGCGCCAACGGAGACUCAAGGAGAUGGCCAAUGCCGAUGCAGGCUUCUGGGCUGAGUACUACCGUCCUAGUCUCUUUACUGACUUGAAUCGUCACCAUGCGUUCAAGAUGACAGCAGUGCAUCAGUACUCGCACUUGCACGGCGGCGUCUCGCACACUUCGGGCGGUCUGGACAUGCCACACAGUCAAUCGGCAGGUGCCUUGAGCAUGUACUCGACACAGAUAGGUAGCGCGGCGGACCUUUCACGUCACACGCGCUCCGCCUCCAACUCGAGCUUGUCUUCAGCAACGUUUAAUCUGAUGCAGGCCGAGAGGAUGGUCGAGUAUCCAAGUCCAUUCAAGCCGCGAGGAGGAGGAGCUGACUCGACAGGAUACAGGGGCACGCAACAUCACGGGCGACGGUCGCUCGACGAUGCCCGUAGUAUUACUACACAAACCUCUACGACCAUGGUGAAUGAUCCUCGAAGCCCAGUCUCGCCUCAAAGCGGGCAUCAAUUCUCGUCCUCAGCUAGCUCGACGAGCGCGCUGCCACCCUCCAAAGCUAUCAUCGGCGGUGUCAGGCGGUGGAUGUCGAUCAACAAGCCAGGGGGCUCGCCUCGUCUCGGUAGUUUUGGGCAGCGCAAGUCAAGCAAACGUUACAGCAUAGCUUCUUCCGAGGGUGGCAAUGGGGAAAAUGACAAUGCGAGGCGAAGAGACGGUGCAACCUCCAAUCGGGACAGCGGCAUCAACGGCGCUGGCGGCGCUGGAGGAACUCUAUCGUCAGCGAGUGCUGCUAGCGGAUUCGAUGCGCGCACGUUCAAUUUUGCUGGCCGGUGGCAGACCGUCAAUCCCGUUGGCCCGACAGUGGCUGGGUCCAACGUCGCGAUUGAAGCUGCGCUUAAAAAGGCAUGCAAUCCGCACAUCUCGGAAGAGGAGGAAUCUGAGUACGCCUUCUACACUACGCAGUUCCUCGACGAACACGCGCGACCAAACGAUAGCGACGAAGCGGACGAGAUCAGCGGAAUCGUAGACGGUGGCAACGCACAUGCCAAAGAAGCGAGAUCUGCAAUUGCAGCACUGACCGACCACCACUUGAUCGACGAAAAGGACAUAGAGAUCUACGAGGAGGGUGUGGCGGUCAGCGAUGGAAAACCAACGGCGGUGGAUCGAUUUGUGCGCUACUCAACAAUUGACCCGGUGUUGGUUGCGCACGCCAAUGCUGUCAGCCAGCUCGCGUUCCCGACCGCCAACUCACUCAGCCAGGCGGUGCCCAUGUCGGCAGGCGGAUCCACCAUGAAUGUCAUGUCGGCGCCUGCAACGGGAACGACAGCGAUGGCGACUUCCGAGGCCAAGGUUCGUGCAUACAGCUCUUGGCUGUCACUCGGUCAGACCAAGCUGGCCAGCUUCUAA